CGCCGACUCCGCUUGUGCUUGUGUGACUCGCGCUGCUCCGUGCACCGCACUCGUGCUCCGAACACGACGCGUGCCGCCCCGCUGUGGCCGCGAACCGCGACCUCUACCUUACCGGCGAAACGUUUCUCCCGACUUACGUGUGACUUGCUAUGAUUUGACUUUCGAACGUUUACGCUCCCUUACCCGGCUUGUUUACCCGCUCACCAUAGUUGAGCCGCACCGCAUCACGGCUUGCCCGCCGCCGCCGAGCCGCUAACCCCGCUUGCAGCGCCCCGCGCCCCCACACUUCGGCCGCCGCCAUGCUCGCGCACCACGCACCGCUCGCCCUACACUAAAUUCGGCCGCGACCCACGACAUCUACAUCGACAUACACAUCGAUCCGUACCAACGCGUGUGAUAAUCGUUUAAUACUCGCCUAAACAAGCUUGCAAAGACGGUGUCCAGUUCUAACUCGACUAAGAUUAUUACUAAGUACUUUUGUUGCGGAGCGCGUUUCUCCCGAAGCGGCGUCCCUUGCCUCGCGUCAUCGUGCUCAGUGACUGCCGCUGCAACCUACGGCGCACCGCAGCGCUACCGGCCGGGAAGUGUAUGCCCGGAGCGCCGGGUGUGCUAGUACCGCGGCUUAUGCGCCGCGCCCGCUCGGUGUAACUGAGUGCGCGACCCCCGCUCGCCGACCCCGACCGUAGAGACAACGAUGGCAACCAUGGUGAACAUGAAUAACCUCCUCAAUGGCAAAGACUCACGUUGGCUACAGCUCGAAGUGUGCCGGGAGUUCCAACGGAAUAAGUGCUCGCGUCCCGACACCGAGUGCAAGUUCGCUCACCCCCCGGCCACCGUCGAAGUGCAGAAUGGAAGAGUUACUGCCUGCUACGAUAGUAUUAAGGGUCGGUGUAACCGCGAGAAGCCGCCCUGCAAGUACUUCCACCCGCCGCAGCACCUUAAAGACCAGCUGCUCAUCAACGGGCGGAACCACCUCGCUUUGAAGAACGCCCUCAUGCAGCAGAUGGGCCUUACUCCGGGCCAAGUGCUGCCCGGCCAGGUGCCGGCAGUGGUGGGUGGCGUGAGCGGCGCGGGCGCGGCCGCGGGCCACCUCGCCGCGCUGGACCCCAUCAGCCUCGCCUUGCUCGCUCCGCAGGCGACGUCGCCGUAUCUGUCGGGCGUGCCAGGCGUGGGAUCGACGUAUGCGCAGUACUACGCGCCGCAGCUGGUGCCCGCCAUGCUGGGCCACGACCCUGCCGCCGCGGCCGCCUCGCCCCUCGGCGUCAUGCAGCAACCCGUGCUGCAGCAGAAGCUGCCGCGCACUGACCGUCUCGAGACGGCCGCCGCAGCGCAGCAGCCGACGGCGAGCGCGACCUCGGAGCCCGGCAAGAAGCGGCCGGCACCCGCCGAUCACGAGCCGCCACCGAUGGACAUGAAAAGCGUUGGAUCCUUCUAUUACGAUAACUUUGCAUUCCCUGGCGUGGUGCCGUACAAGCGACCCGCCGCGGACAAGGCCGGCGUACCGGUCUACCAGCCGGCGACCACGUACCAGCAACUGAUGCAACUGCAGCAACCGUUCGUGCCCGUGUCAUGCUGUGCGCCGCCAAACGCGCCAUAUGUGGUGUACACGGACGAGCGCGGACAGUUACUGGACACCCUCCCGGUGUGCCAAGAUUUUAAUCGACAAGGAUGUACCAGACCCACCUGCAGAUUUGUUCAUAUUCGUGAAGGGUGCGGGCUGCAGGUGGUGGGGUGCCGCGUGGUGGUGUGCCGCGACGCCGCCGCGGGCACGUGCCGCCGCGCCGCCUGCCGCUACUACCACAUCCCCGUUCAACUGCCGCCAGCCCUUCGGCCCCCCUAACCUCGUCUCUAGCCCCACCUCGCCCAUCCCUGCCACGCACCCACACCCCACAUCUCACCCCCACGUACACCUUCCGCAUUAAGCAUCGUCCAUUCCUCGUCGCGGCUCCCCGAUCCUCUCUCCAGUUCCGGUCCAAGGCCGCAUAGUCCAUGUCGGUCGCCCCUCUGACACAGUUCGCGAGGCGAGUAGCGCUCCCGGUCGGCCUUCGGGAAACAGUGUGUACAUAUGUAGCGGGUUAUGGUUCUCAGGCGCGGUCAUGCGAUUGUGAUAUGAAUAGAUUUCGAGACGCCGGAGCCGUUUGAAUAAUUUUAUGAAGAUCGUCAAACACCUAGUAGUUAGUGAGGUUUCAAAUGUUUUAUUACUAUUGUAUAUUAUUUUUUUUUAAGAUAUGAUAUGAGUUCCUGUAAAAGUCGGUGCGAGCGCCUCUCGGUGCCGCAACCUUGUAUAUAAGCGCGACGUACUCUGCGGGUGGUGCCCCCCGCACUCGUCACCGGUGGCAUCACCCCACUCCUAAAGUGAGCAUUUUUCGUGAGAAUUAUCUUAAUUUUAAUAUACGUUAUUAUAAUUUUGUUUUAAUAGAUGACAAGGUUUACACUAGAUUAGAUUAAGUGGAACAGUAAUGAAACACCAGUAGAGUAGCCGCUUUCUCCAUCGGCACUCGUUGUUCGUCGCGGUUGUGUCAUACACCACGUGUUAAGAAUGUCGGUAUAAUAUCUCAGUAAGAAUGAAUUAUUUGUAAGGAGGUAAAGCGAGAGGGAUUGUAUCGGAAUGCGGUGUAGAUCCAGCCGUUGCGGGAACACACGCCGGCGCCGGCGCCGUGUCGUGUCGUGCCGUGCCGUGCCGCGUCGUCCAGUUUUCUCACGUUAGCAUAGAUCACGACACUCGUAGAGUGGUAGUGGCCAACAUUCGACAUACGGUGAACGUUAUCGGACAAUAUGAAACGAUGAAAGCAUACUUCCAAGCUAUUUAUCUACUUAAAUAGGAUAGAAAAAACGUCGGCUUUUAUUCCACAUAGAUUUUGCUAGAUACUCAUUCUUCUCUGAUCGAUUCCAGUCUAUCGAAGCACAAAAUAUUGACCGACUAACGAGUCCGACAAACCUGUAGAUCAGAUGAGAGCGUGCAAUAGCUGCCUAUAUUGUUUUCGACGUGAACAGUAUUAGAUUACUUAGAAAUGUACCUCGUCGUCGCGUGCAGAGGCGACAGUGUAUGCGGUAAUGCGGCGAGCGAGAGAGAGGCGGUCUCGGGGCAUGGAAGCCGAUGCCUAAUAAUAUUCCUAGUCCAUAUCCUUUUGUUGAUCAGUCAUGCGAUUAAUGUUAGAAUAAAAUAUUAAUAAUUUGAUUUAUUCCUCCCAUUUAGUGGAUAUUUUGAUAAUGAUAUAUUAAUAAUGAGAAUAUUUAAGAUACAUAAUACAUAUUUGAUUCUAAAUCCUGAUAAAGUGACACUACGUUAGUAAUUUAGUCGGAGGGAUACUUGUGCCGUGAUUAUAUUUUUAGGUAUAUAUUAUAAAGUAAUUCCUAGCGUCGGAAUUAAAGAAGUGAUUAAUGUGUAAGCGCGUUAUAUUUAUUGUCGUAUCGUGUAAGUGGAAUGCCAUAUCGAUAAAAGAAGAAUAGCGGAGGCGGAGUGAAACUCGUUAGGAAGGAAGGAAGGGAGGAGUCGUGUAGUCGUGUAGUGGUGAGGCGCCGCGCGGAGCCCGGGACGGUUCGCUUUUAUCAAUACGGCAGCGACUCAUAAAACUAUAAGUUGUCAUUUUUAUUUUUGUUGAAAUUUAUCGUUUACUCGAUUAUUUGUUGACUUUUAAUUUUUUAAACAAAAUUUUAUGAUCUGACGCAUUUAUUGUAAGACAAUCGAUUACUUUUAUAAUUAAUUAGUGUGAUAAUUAUAAUGAUGGCAUUGACUGCCGCUGUGAAAGAAUGAAACAUCGAAAGUAUCCUUCCUGUUUAGAAGGGACUCUUCAGACCCAAGGUUUCUAGUGGAUUUAUAUUUUUCUUUUGUUGUAUUUUUAAUGUUGCGUGUGUCUUACACAUAGUAUAUUUCAUUUUUGUGAUAUUUUUAACUAUAAAAUACUGUUAUUAUAAACCCAUGUGGAAUAAUGAUGACCUAAUAAAAUAAUCAAGAAUUUAUUUGUAAAUCACAAAAAAAAAUGUAAAACUGUAAAUAUAUAAACAAAAAAAAUGAACAGCAACACAAUAUUGGUAAUGAACUAAUGAAUGAUGUCUGUCAUCGAGUACACUGUAAGUUGUUUGCGUUCUCGUACCGUAAUGUCGUAAUGUCGUAAGCUCGUAAGUAAUGUAUCGUAUUGUUGUAGUAGGUGCAGUCUACUGAAGGUGAACCGGUCCAGUGAACAAAUUAUUAAUAAUAUUGUGAACGUUUUUUUAUUCACGAGCAAUCACAGAAAGUACAUGACAUUGUAAUAUUAUUUAUGAAAUUACUAUGUGAUGUGAUCUUCGGAUCAAUUUUGAGUACAGUAUAGAUAAUAAACAACUGAAUAUGUGA